GGGAAACUCGGAACGCCGACGGCGGUAACCGCAGAUUACGAAUUCCCGUCGUCGGCCGGAGCGAACAUUGAUAAGAGGCAAGUUACUUCUAACCGUGCUAUCUUUUCUGAUAAUACAGUGGCCUUGGUCCCGCUUGCGUGCCGAUUGCAAGAUGACAUCUGCAACAUUGGACCUUUCAUCGUGGUGCGCGUUCUGGGCAAAGACGUUGCAGGUUUGGUGGACACCUGAGCAGCUGUUUCCCUGAUCGGCGACACCAUCCACGACUGGUGCCGGGAGCGGAACAUCUCGGUACGAACGACCAGGACUCUCCUAAGGCUCGCCUCUGAUGCGGUUGUACCUGCCGGUGGCGCGGUGCGCCUUACCUUGACUGUCGAUGGACAUCGGGUCAGACAACGCUUUGUUUACCUUCCUGGGCUGGCAGGAGCAAUGAUCCUGGGACGCGACUUCAUUAUCCGGAUGGGACUUGUCCUGGACUUGCGUCGCGGAGGUUACCAGCAUGCAUGCAGCAGUGCCUUCUACCCAUUCCUGGAGUGGACAACCCCUGGAGCGGACCAACGCCGGACUGGCGAAAGAGCCCAGGACGACUGCUCAAAGCGAAACCGGGAACCGACUGGCAACAGCGAUGAACCUAAGCAGCAAGCCGCUGGAGUACUUCGCGGCACUGGACCAUCACUGCCCGUUGGAGAGCAUCACGGAACGGGAUACCAAACGCCUGUAGUUGCAACUGCUGCCUUGCAUGAGGGUCUGCAAGGGUUUUCGGGAACCUCAGAGCAACGAGAAAUGCUGGAGCAAGCAUUGCUACCCUUUUCCCGGAUGUUUACGGAAAAACCAGGUUUGACCGAAGUCUUGGAACACGGCAUAGACACCGGCGACGCAAGGCCUUGGAGAUGCAACCCGCGGCCGCUUAGCGUCCACAAGCGCAAGUUGCUCGAUGCUGCGCUGAACGAAAUGAUCGAGACGGGUGCUGUGAGACCCUCGCGCAGCCCGUGGGCCUUUCCGGUGGUACUCGCUCCGAAGAAAGAUGGAACCGCAAGGUUAUGCAUGGACUACCGCCGGUUGAACGAGGUGACGGUGAGAGAUUCGUAUCCAUUUCCCUCUAUAGACUCGAUCAUGUACACGUUGGGAUCAGCCCGCGUGUUUACAAUCUUGGACUGCAGUCGAGAAUUCCUGCAGAUACCGAUAGCACCUAAUGAUGUCGAAAAGACAGCCUUUACCUGUCAUAGGGGACUGUUUGAGUUCGUCCGGCUUCCCUUCGGACUGUCCAAUUCCCCGGCUAGUUUUCAGCGUAUGAUGGACGAGGUGCUCGGCGAUGCGAAGUACAACUUCGCUAUGGCUUAUAUGGAUGACGUAGUAAUUUUUUCACGUUCAUUCCACGAACACCUUUCACACCUGAAAGUCGUGUUGGGACGUAUGCAAGCUGCUGGGUUGACGGUCAAUCCUCGAAAAAUGCAGUUGGCGACUAACCGCAUAGACCUGCUAGGGUUUACAGUGGAGUCCGGCACGGUCAGGCCAAACGAGGACAAGCUGAAGGCUAUCCUAGACUACCCUCGCCCGCAGGACGUAAAGAGCUUGCAGCGCUUCCUUGGUAUGAUUGGAUUUUAUAGACAAUUCAUACCGCGGUGUUCGGACAUGACGCAGCCACUAACCUGGCUACUGCGGAAAGGUGCGCGCUGGUCAUGGGGAGAAGCACAGGAGAAUGCAUUCUCCGCCCUGACGGAAGCGAUAGCGCAGGUCACCAGUCUGUAUCUCCCAGAUCUUAAUCGCCCAUUUGUAAUGCAGACAGACGCGAGCGAUUAUGGACUGGGCGCAGUGUUGUUACAACAGCACGAAGGUGAACUUCGGCCGGUGGCAUUUGCAAGCCGCACGCUGACAUCACCUGAACGAAAUUACACCGUGACAGAGAAAGAGUGCCUGGCUAUCAUGUUCGCACUGAAUAAGUUUGACAUGUACCUGGAUGGUGCGAAAUUUGCAAUCCAGACUGACCAUCAGGCACUCGCCUGGCUGAGUAGAUUGAAAAAUCCCGCCGGAAGACUUGCACGUUGGAGUCUGACGUUGCAACGGUACGACUUCUCGAUCGAAUAUCGGAGGGGGACCUCUAACAAAGUGGUAGAUGCGCUGUCUCGAGCACCUCUGCCCCUGGAGGACGUCGUUACCACGCAGGAGCUCGUAGCCGCGGUUGGACAAGCCGGAACGGACAGAGAGCAGGCGUGGGGACACAUCCGUGUAGUAAGGUGGCUGGAGACAACGGGCCCAGCGGACGCCGGAGACGCUGAAGAGAGGUUCGACUCCUAUCAGCUGAGCGAGGAUGGUCUUCUGGUGAGGUAUAUCCCCCAGGCGGACGACGAGGAGAUCGGCGGCAACCCUUUCAGGAUCGUAGUACCACGAAAGCUACCGACGCGGCGAAGGGCUUCGCAGCUUCUCUCGCGGACCGAUGGGACGGGCCUUACCGGUACAAGCGAGGAGUCCGGCCCAGUUCACAUCACAGACCUCAAGGAGUUCAUCGAUCGCAUCUUGGAGCAAGAGGAAGGGCAAGAGGACUCCGGCACAAGUUCGUCGCAAUCCCAACCCUUCCGCGGCCCCAUCGACACGGAGUCGCAGCCCGCUGAAGAUGGGACAACCUCCAAGGUGAUGCUUUUUCAUUUUUUUUCCCUGCAGAUGCCACGACCACCUGCAACGAGAAGCCGUUCUCGACCCCAACCACGGCACCGACCUCAGCGACCCCCUGGGAACUCUCCUGCUCGGAGGCCUUCCCCGUCACCCCGACUUGCGAAUGUGGCUACCUGGACUGUCCUAGUUGAAGGUCGCAGUAUCGGAUACUGUUCCAGAACGAGAUGGCGCAACCAGGCGCGACCUCUCAUCGGUGACCCACCUGAUUCCCUACCAGAGCCCUUCCGCGGCCUGGGGUUAUCAAACAGACACCCCACCGAGCCUCCAGUGGUGUACACGGAACAAGAAAGAAGCGCCCUCUGCCCCUUCUGCGGUGUUCCACUGAUCCAUCCUCCGACCCAUAAUGCGGGAGCCCUUCACCUGCAUCGUAUCCAACAAGCCGCACAGCAGAGAGCUAACAACGUGGCCUCCGCUCCUACACGUCGGGACAUAGUCGCUGCAGUGCACCUACUUCGGCAGCUGGCCCCCCAAGUUCUCGCUCGGCCAUCCUUCUCACCGGACCCUGAGGAUAUAAUCCUCGAUCUCCCCGAACUUCCGGACAUUUGACUCAAGGGGGGGGAGAGUGUGGGGGGCGCUGAUAACCCGGCAACUUCCGCGCGAUAGCGCAGAUAGCGCAAGAGAUAAAAGAGCAAGCGCUCGGGAAGAGAGAGAUAUUCGUGCGGCAGGCAGGCUGGCAGACGGUCACAGAAGCGAGGAGCGACAG